AUGGAAUCCGAAUCUAACCUGUCCAUGAUCCGGCGCCGGACAUCCGACAUGUUACAGAGUGCCAGAGAUGGUGUGCCUGCGAUGCCCGCCAUGUCCGCCAUGCCUUCCAAGAUGCCCCAGCUACCGGCCAUGCCUCAAUGGCCGUCCUGGAAGCUAGGCAAAGGCAAAGAGGCAACCAUGACGGGCACUUGGGAGCCCAUCUCUCUGCCACCUCUCCCUCGCUCCUCUCACACUGUCAAUGUCAUAUCCGGCUCGGCUUACAUCUUUGGCGGGGAGAUUAACCCGCGCGAGCCUGUGGACAACGACAUGCACGUUGUGACGCUGCCUUGGGGCAGCGCCGGCUCCGACUACUUCAAGGUCAAGGCUGUGGCUCAAGAGCUCGACGAGCCUGAGGCCCAGUUCGAGGCUAAGACUGAGGACCGGAACUCGACCCCUGCAAGCCAGGCAGGGUCUGAUGCCGAGGAGAAGGACGCCAACGACGAGAAGGACAUGGACGAAGUCUCUCUCAAGGAUGAGGAUGCCGUUUCGUCGGCCUCGGCCUCGACGGAGUCCAAGGGCAAGGAGAAGGAACCGCCGGCCAGCGAGGUCAAGGAGACGGCCGAUGCCAAUGUCCCGGCACCACGCGUCGGACAUGCCACGGCCACGAUUGGGUCCCGCAUCUUCAUGUUUGGCGGCCGGGGUGGCCCCGACAUGAAGCCUCUGGACGAGGCAGGGCGAGUCUGGGUCUUUGAUACCAGGAGCCACACCUGGUCCCACCUCGACCCCGUCCCAGCAGUCAAGGGCGGCACCAUCAUCCCCCACCCUUCGGCCCGGAGCUACCACUGCGCUACCGCAACGGACCGGCCCCGCGACUUCGCCAAGCCCAUCCCGCCACCGCCCAGGAACUGGCGCGAAAGGAUCGUGGGCGACACCUCCAAGACGGGCAUCCCGCAGAACCCCAUUGUAGGCAACGUGGCCGAGGAGGCCGUGGAUGAGGAGUCGGACGGGUACGGAACCUUCCUCAUCCACGGUGGCUGCCUCAAGAACGGGGAGCGCACCAGCGAUAUCUGGGCCUUUGACGUGCACACGAGGACAUGGCGGCCCUUCCUGUCGGCGCCCGGUCCCGCUCGGGGGGGCACGGCCAUCUGUAUCAGCCAGAGCAGGCUGUUCCGCUUCGGCGGCUACGAUGGAGAGAAGGAGCUGGGUGGCCAGAUUGACUUCCUCCACCUCGAGGUCGAGAUGUUCGAUGACAAGGUCAGCCGCGGCGAGGUAGCCAUCCGGCCGCGUGGCUCAUGGCAGUCCAUCCUCCAAGAUAACCUCGCGGCAUCGCCGACCGAGAUCCCCGUCGAGCUCUCACAGCAGUGGCCCUCCGCCCGCAGCGUCUCGUCUCUGCACGCGCUGACCACCGGCGGGGGCCGCGAGUACCUCGUCGUCGCCAUGGGCGAGGGCGCGCCCAGCUCCGAUGGCCACGAGGGGGCAGGCAAGUUCCAUGGCGACGUCUGGGCCUUCCAGGUCCCGCAGCUGGGCAUGUCGGCCGCGAGCCUCACCGACGCCAUGUGGCAGGCCAUGGGGCGCAAGACGGGCGGCGGCAAGUGGCAGCGCGUCGUGACGAUGCCCUAUGACGAGGACACUUUUGAGGAGCCCCAGCCGCGCGGAUGGCUGGCCAGCGCCGUCAUAGAGGACCUAGGCGAGAGUGCCAUCUUCAUCUGGGGUGGGCUCAAUGAGCAGAAUGAGAGGCUUGGCGACGGCUGGAUUCUACGGCUUGACUGA